GCCCAGCAGGUCCCAGCCCCCGUCUCUCUGGUUGAGAGCACUAGACUAGACUCAUCCCCGCCGCAUCGCCCUCGCCGUCCCCAGUUCCCCGUUCGCUUUUCCCCUCCCCUCCCCCCCCCUCUCGCCUCCGCCGCGCCCGCGAAAACCCUACCUCAGGAGGCCGCCUCCGCCGUCGCCGGGCGAGAUGUUCGGGUACCAGAAGGGCGUGGACGUCGAGGCGGGGCCCUCCGGCGGCACCGGCGGCGGCGGCGCCGCGGCGCCGACGCGGGGGCUGUACCCCGGGAUGACGGAGAGCCCCGAGAUGCGCUGGGCGCUCAUCCGGAAGAUCUACGUCAUCCUCUCCCUGCAGCUGCUCCUCACCGCCGUCGUCGCCGCCGUCGUCGUCAAGGUCCGCGCCAUCCCGCACUUCUUCGUCUCCUCCAGCGCCGGCCUCGGCCUCUACAUCUUCCUCAUCAUCUUCCCCUUCAUCGUGCUGUGUCCGUUGUACUUCUACCGCCAGAAGCACCCAGUCAACCUGCUGCUGCUUGGCGUCUUCACAGUGGCCAUCAGCUUCGCUGUGGGCAUGACAUGUGCCUUCACUAGCGGCAAGGUCAUUUUGGAGGCUGCGAUUCUUACAACGGUGGUUGUCUUCAGCCUCACUGCUUACACCUUCUGGGCUGCAAGGAGGGGCCAGGAUUUCAGCUUCCUUGGUCCUUUCCUGUUUGCUUCUCUCAUCAUGUUGCUCGUCUUUGGAUUCAUUCAGAUCCUCUUUCCGAUGGGCAAGCUCUCUCACAUGAUCUAUGGCGCGUUGGCGGCGCUCAUCUUCAGUGGCUACAUUGUCUAUGACACGGACAACAUCAUCAAGCGUUACACGUAUGACGAGUAUGUCUGGGCCGCCGUCUCGCUCUACCUUGACGUCAUCAACCUGUUCCUGGCCCUGCUGACCCUGUUUAGGGCGGGUGACUGAGCGCUUUGCCCUGCCCCUCCUCUCUCGUGCCGCUUCAAAUCCCGUGGACGAGUUUGGUAUCCCGAUGAGUAUGUCCUUGACUUGGAGAAUUGUAUAGGCUGGUCGCGCUGGCAUGGUGAAUAUGUUUCUUAGUUUAGUUGAGUUGAUCCCUAUUAGUAGAGAGAAAACAUAGUUCUGUGGAUGGUGGAUGUGAUGUUGGAUUUAUGGACCGGAUCUUCGACAUGCUGGAUUGGUGGUGCUGCUGCGUUUACGAUAUCAUUUCUUACUAUAUGCACUAUAUAUCUGUUUCUGAUAUCA